CAUAUUUUCAGAUGACUCGUAAAGGGCAAAGAAAAAACCCAAAAUUUCAAAAUUUCCGUUUAAGUCUCAUAAUCAAGAAGAGGAGAAACAGAGCGAGCGAGCAAAAGAGAGAGUCAGAGAACUAUGAGAAACCCCCCCACCCUAUGAUUAUCAGCACACAUACUCAUCGAAAAAAAAAUGGAUUAUUAGAAAAGAGAGGUCUGUGGCUUCCACGCCGUGGUUUUUCUUCUCGGUAUAAAAGCAAAGUUGUUUUUGAUACGUGACAGUUUCCCACAAGCCAAGCUGAUCCUUUUCUGUCAGUCCACUUCACUAAGACUGCCCUCGGACAAGGACCCAAUGCCCAACCCCAGGCCAGCCAAGCCCUCAGCCCCUUCCUUGGCCCUCGGCCCAUCCCCAGGAGCCUCGCCCAGCUGGAGAGCUGCAUCCAAAGCUUCAGACCUUCUGGGGAUCAGGGGCCCAGGGGGAACCUUCCAGGUCCGGGACCUCCGAGGCGUGACCCAUGCCUCCUCCUCCUUGAACCCCAUGCCACCAUCACAGCUGCAGCUGCCCACAGUGCCCCUAGUCAUGGUGGCACCCUCUGGGGCACGGCUGGGCCCCUCGCCCCACUUGCAGGCACUUCUCCAAGACAGGCCACACUUCAUGCACCAGCUCUCAACGGUGGAUGCCCACACCCGGACUCCCGUGCUGCAGGUGCGCCCACUGGACAGCCCAGCCGUGAUCAGCCUCCCACCACACACCACUGCCACUGGGGUCUUCUCCCUCAAGGCCCGGCCUGGCCUGCCACCUGGGAUCAACGUGGCCAGCCUGGAAUGGGUGUCCAGGGAGCCAGCACUGCUCUGUACCUUCCCAAGUCCUGGUGCUCCCAGGAAGGACAGCACCCUUUCAGCCACACCCCAGAGCUCCUACCCACUGCUGGCAAAUGGUGUCUGCAAGUGGCCCGGAUGCGAGAAGGUCUUCAAGGAGCCAGAGAACUUCCUCAAGCACUGCCAGGCAGACCAUCUCCUGGAUGAGAAGGGCAGAGCACAGUGUCUCCUCCAGAGAGAGGUGGUACAGUCUCUGGAGCAGCAGCUGGUGCUGGAGAAGGAGAAGCUGAAUGCUAUGCAGGCCCACCUGGCCGGGAAAAUGGCCCUGACCAAGGUUCCAUCCAUGGCAUCAUCUGACAAGGGCUCCUGCUGCAUCGUUGCUGCUGGCACCCAGGGCAGUGGCGGCCCAGCCUGGCCCGGUCCCCGGGAGGCCCCCGACAGUCUGUUUGCUGUGCGGAGGCACCUGUGGGGCAGCCAUGGAAACAGUGCAUUCCCAGAGUUCUUCCACAACAUGGAUUACUUCAAGUUCCACAACAUGAGACCGCCCUUCACCUAUGCCACCCUCAUCCGCUGGGCCAUCCUGGAGGCUCCUGAGAAGCAGCGGACACUCAAUGAGAUCUACCACUGGUUCACACAUAUGUUUGCCUUCUUCCGAAACCACCCUGCCACCUGGAAGAAUGCCAUCCGCCACAACCUGAGCCUACACAAGUGCUUCGUGCGGGUGGAGAGCGAGAAGGGGGCUGUGUGGACUGUGGAUGAGUUUGAGUUCCGCAAGAAAAGGAGCCAGAGACCCAACAGGUGUUCCAACCCUACAUCCAGCCCCUGACCUCAAGACCAAAGAAAGGAGGAAGGACAGACAGGGGCCCAAAUGGGGGGGCAGAGAUAGCAGGUGGCAGGGGUGACAGGUCCUGGACGUGCCCACAGAUAUGAAGAAGUGAGAUGUCCACUGUUUGCCUGCCAGGGCCCCUGCUCCCCCACUGGAAACCCUCCUGAAUCACAUCCUCUGCCCCAAGGCUGCCCUGAGGGGUCCCAGUCCUGGCCCCAGCCCCAUCCCUCUCAGCCCCCCAUAGAAGAGCCCUCCAGCCAAAUGGAACCUUCGUAACCAGCCACACACACAGCCUGCCUCAGCCACUUUCACGGAUGACCUCAGGGCUAGAAAAGUCACAGAGACUGUCAAAAUUCUGUCCCU